GGUUGUUGUUCUUACUUUUGAAUGGAAAUCAAUCAAUGUCAAUUCCCAAGGAGACCUCAUUGUACUACGUUUCUCGGCAAUUCUGUCUUAUAAACCGGUGGACCGUCAAUGGAGUUGUCAAAGCGAGCACCACUGAACUCCCUCGUCUAUCUCGUGCCUUUUUCUCUCUUUCCUCGUUCAGCUGCAACCCACCCUCUUAAAAUCAACACUCAAAUUUUGAUAUACUCCGAUCGAAGCCAUUACCUUCACGCGGGCGACUCUUAGCGUCUAGCACAACUCCGGAUCCGUUGUCAUCAAUCCUAUCCCGUCCCAUGGAGCCAGCAGACCUUACGUUUCUCAGAAAAGUCAUCACCUCUGAGCUCGAUACGAUGCCUGCGCUCUGCGACGUGGUUCACGGCCAUGUGCAACUCAAGAAGUGGAGCUGUGACCAACGUACUUUGAAUGCAAUGCAUCCAGAUAUACGAGAUUUUGUCCAGAGCCUGACCAUCCCUACGUUCGCGGAUGAUUCAAACGCACCCUACCUGCUCCUUGAAGGCCUAGAGUAUGCCUGCAAUGAUCGAAUGCGGAAGAAACGUUCGGAAGAGGUGUUUUAUCCCAAACCAAUACUCGUCACUAAUACCUCGGGGGCCGGAAAGACGAGGACACUUCUUGAGGCUCUAUCCAUUGCAUGGGGUUUCUAUUUCAUCUGCAGAGAUCCUACGAAGGAGGGCCUCGGCUCCACUGACCUCGACGAGUCCUUCAGGGAACUCAUGUUUUCACCUCAGUUCACGAAGAGGUUUCCGAACAACAGGAAGCUGAAUUUUACUCAGCGGCAGUCCAUGGAUACCAAUACACAACUCGCUAGUCACAUCUUUCUUCCCGUGAUGCUCGCCCGCAUCGUCAUUUUCCAUCGGUUCAUCCAGUACGUUACAGAGGACAUGCACUUGCAACAGACUGUCUUAUACGAACCAUAUGUCAAACGCUGGUUGGACAUACAGCUCCAACCUUGGUUGAUAACGCAAGACCACGAGCAGGAUAUCUUUGCGACUCUUGCUGCUAAAAUUCGCGACGUACCCGAUUUGUCCCCGCUGUCGAUGGUAACGCUACUUCGUCAGUACGAUAGGGAGAUAGCCUUGAUUCUCCCAGGUUUCAACAAGCAGGAUCGUUUGAUACGCAUUGUCGUUGACGAGGCCCAGGAGGCAGCCAACCUUUUCCCUCACGCUUUUUCGUCUUCUAUCAAUACCCAAAGGAGACGCCCAGUUCUUCGAGAGCUUCUCUUUGUUUGGUCAUCACAUUUGAUGGCACCAGGAAAAUCCAAGUCUCACUACACCUUCGUUAUCACGGGGACCGGCAUGUCGAAGGAACUUAUUGUGGAUGCUCUCUCAUCUACUACGAUGAAGCCGGCGGAAUUCAAAGAAUACAAAACAAUCGGUUCAUUUGACCAACAGGUCAAUCAAAUGAAAUAUAUCAAGAGAUUCAUUCCUCAAUGCAUUUGGGACACGUUCGUUGGAAAGAUUCUUAUGGAUAGAAUGUGGUACUGGCUUGAAGGACGAUAUCGAUUUACCGCCGAAUUCAUAACCCUACUGCUUGAGAAUGGAUACUCGCGCCCGAACACUCUACUCAACCAGUAUAUCCAUGAGUUUGCUGGAUUCACCCCGACCGAUUGCCCUCAGGCCAUCCUUGAGGAAGAAGCACGAAUAUGGGCCGGGGGUGAUCCAUUCAGGUACUUUGACCAGCCGGAAUGUUCAAAAACUCAGUUUGAUUGGGAGCGAUUGACAAAUCACCACAACGGCGUCGCGGUAUUGGCUGACUUGGGGUACAAACAUACCCUAUGGGCGGAUACCAAACACACAGAGUUGGGUAAAGACCAGCGCGCGUUCAUAGAAUAUGGCUUCGCCAGAGUUAUUCACCGGGAGCUUACUGAGUCUCAACCUGGUACCUAUAUCGAUGAAAGACUGGUGUUGAACGCCUGUACAGUUUGGCUUAACAACGACUCCGAUAAUAGGUUCGAUGGCAACCAAAUUCUCUCUGACGAUGAAGAUGGCUUAUCGGACGAAGACGACACCCCACCGCCCCGGAGAAUCAGUCGUCCAGCUUCCUUGCCUCUCGAGACCGCUCACCGCGUAACAAUACCCUCAUUAUACCGUUGGAUUUCCGAUAAAUUCUCAGUCUCAGAGGGAGGACAUUCUCUUUUCGAAGACUACAUCCUCUUCUAUUUCCUCAUAGCUUUCACUCAAACCAACACCCAAGGAGGUCCUCUCUACAAGCUGAAGGAGGUUCUCGACUUUUUUGACCCGGAUCGCUCGCCUGAGAUGGAAGACUUGAAGGAACGACGGGCCAAACUGGUCUCGGUCUACUACCCGAAGUAUUACAGGCAGAAGAAUGUUAACAUUAAGCGAUACACGUACGGUUCUGCCACGGUCGACAAGAGGGGUAAUAUUUUGAGGAUGGCUGGUGCUUUAGGCCUUAUGGCGAAGUCCGGGAAACGGGAGACGAAGGAGUGGUUAAAAGGGGAGAAGCGCGAGCUGUUCUGUUUCCCGGACAUAAUGAUGGGUCCGGACAUAUUGUUCGCCUUAGAGCUUCACAGGGACGAUGGUGGGGCUCCCUCGUACACUUGGGUUGCCGUACAGGCGAAGCAGUACAAUCAUCUUUCCUCGCUCGACCGGGAAACCGUCUCAAAGGCAAUUAAGAGCGUAACUCCAAGCCAAUUCUACAAGUCGGGUCAGAACGUUCAACAAGCCGCUGACGAUAAUGAUAAUGAAAGCACGGUAGAUCACAAUCAAGAGACGCUCAAUCUACUCGAUAAAAUCACCGACCGCGAGAUGUACUGUGCAGGGAAACACAGCGUUUUGCGAGUCAUUGCGGCUUGGCCAGCUGAAGUCGAUCUCACUCAUCACCUGGCAACGCCACCGAAAGGGAACCGUCGGAAGAACGCGGAAGACAUAGAUGGCACAGAUCGUCAUCCGCUUGCUACUCUCAAGGAGGAUAAGUUCAUCGAACUGACGAAGGACCUUUCCCCCUUGGAUAAAUUGAUGAGCAUCAGGACCUCAAUGUUAUGCCGCAAAAAAGAGAAGAAACAGGAGAAAGCUUGGGUACCCACAGACUCGGAUGCGGAGAUGGAGGAUGUUGAAGAGAUUGAGCCUGUCCGCCGGAACGUAAAGAGGAUGCGCCUAUCGGAGGUAUGUCCGAUGCCUAUGGGACGCAAAGGAGGCGAUUCGGCGAGAAGAAAAAGGAAUCCAUAGAUUUCAAUAAUUCAAUCACGCAUGUUGUAAAUGUAAAUAGUGUACAUUCGGCUUGUGUAUUGAUACAUAUGUAUUUACCCUCCAACACUCGAUAACUUCCUG